AUGCACCCAUCCUCCCCGUCUCGCCAGCAGCGUCGAUCUUUCACGCACUCCGGCGCCCACGACGAUGCACAAAUUCAGUAUUUUCGUCUCCAGCAGAGCGGAUUGAGUCCAGCAUCCGUCGCAACCGCAUCCCUCGAUGUCGAGGAGGCCGCGCCGCCUGACUCCCGCCCUGAACAUGUUCUUGCUACCUUCGCACCCGCGGCCGGCUCGCAUCUGGCUCCUCAGGCCGUUCCCAUCAAUUUUGGCGCGCCAUCUACCUCUGCGCGCGACGAAUCAGCUGUAGCCGCGCCAGCCCCGAGACCACAUCGCGCACCCGUGUCCGAGGCCGCCAACUUACCUUCAGAUGAAUCAUCUUCGACACAAGUAGCACCGACUUUUGUCCAACCCCAGAGAGACCAACCCAGUCCAUUUGCGACCACCCUCUCACGCGAUGCCGCCAUGACAUACGCAUAUCAUUUAUACAACACCCCCGGACGCCCACAGCCAGCGGGUCUAACGCCGUCUCUAAUACUGCCCACGAGCGCGCCUGCUUCACUCUCCACAGAGAGCAUAUACAGGCUCCAGCUUAUGCCGCUCCUUUCCACCCUGCGGUCUCUCCACCCGCGACACGUCCCCGUAUUGCUUCUACUCGCUUGCACUCACUAUGCGCUCGGUGACUACCAGACGAGUCUCUCGCUCAGUUCCGACAUCCUAUCGAUUGACCCCGAAUGCGUGGAGGCUAUGUCCAACGUGGGUACCACUUACAAAGCCCUCGGCCAAGAAGAUCAGGCGUACGAGUGGUGGAUGAAGGCCUUGCGCAUACGCCCUACCUACUGGGACGCAAUGGAUAACAUACUUGGCAAGCUCUUCUAUGUGGCCCAAGACGCGCCAGAUAACAAUCGCCGCCUGGAAGCGUACUCCCAGGCCUUGCGCGUGUGCGAGUCUGUUAUCAACCAGGUCGUACAGGACGAUGGCCGACUCAGGAUGCCCGUACGGAUCGAUGAGAUACAUCGUCUCCAGCGAGUGUUCUUCACCACAGCCACCCUCCGGACUCUGAUCUCACCGCACGGGAUCCUCGAUGCCAUACACGACUACUGGCGCGCGAUCGAGCUCGUACUACGCCCGCCUCCGCCAUACGCGUACGACGAAUGCUACAACAUGCGCGACCUCCUGGUAGCCACCUGCGUCGCAGGGUAUAUGAUAUCCUCCUCGUCCAAUGGACCGGUUCCCGACGAGAUCAUGGAGAGCCUCAGCCUCGAGGGCCAGCCGUCGUUCGCGGAGCUCAUCCACCAGCCGCCCCUCAACCUUUUCCGCGUCGUACACGCGUCGGGUGAGCGUGUGCUCAAUGUGCUGCUGCACCUGGGCGGGGGCGUCCUUCCGACGUUGCUCCUGCUCCCGGACCAGGUCAUGCGCUUGCCGAUGGUGCUCUUCCCCUUCUCGCUCGGCGUGCCGCCUGCAAUCUGUGCGCGAAAUCCGGACACUGGCCAGCCCGACCUCCCUCCCGAGAGCACGCGCCAGAAGACAAACCUCAUGACGAGCACCGUCCUACUCACCCUCGCGAAACGCCUGCAAGACGAAUCUCUCGCGAACGUGCGCCUCCCUGGGCUCGGCGGCCCGGUCAAUGUCAGUGUGUCCUUGGUUAUAGUGCUUUAUUACAUGGCGCUGUCGAUAUCACCGUCUCCGUCGACGUAUAACAAUCUAGGCAUUCUGUUGUGUGCGCUCUCUGACAGCAGGAUCAUGCGGAAUCCCCAGGGACAUAAGGACCUGCUGAACGGUCCUACCCUCGCGCGGUUCUGUUACCAAGCCGGCUUGCAACUCGACCCGAACCAUCCGCACCUCCUGACAAACCUGGGCUCGCUGCUGAAAGACCAGGGUCGCGUGGAAGAAGCCAUCGAACUGUACAUGAAGGCCAUAAGGAGAAAGCCCGAUUUUGAUAUUGCCCUUGCCAACCUGGGCAAUGCCGUCAAAGAUCUGGGUCGAUCCUGGGAUGCCAUCGAGUACUACCGCCGCGCCGUCAGCCUGAAUCCCGAUUUGCCCGAGGCCACGUGCGGCCUGGUGAACUCGCUCUCCGCGAUAUGCGACUGGCGCGGGCGCGGGUCGGUGCCCAACGAGAUCGGGGUGGACGAGCACGGCGGGAUCAUCAUGCCCAGCGACGCUGGCAGCCCCGGCUGGAUCACGAAAAUGAUCGAGAUCUGCGAGCGGCAGAUCGACGCGGCGUACAUGCAGAACGGGCGCGCGCUGCGCGAGGACGAGAAGGCGCGCUGGCGCGGGUGCCUGCAGCGCUACUACGACGACGACGACCGCGUGCGCAGCGGCAUCAACGAGGUCGGGUUCCUGAUCCGGUUCAUGGACUGGGUGCAGCCCAGGCUGCAGCGCCAGUGGUACAUCCAAGCGUUCGGCAAGAUCGUCUCGUCGGACGAGCCCAUGUUCGACACCCUACCGGAACUGGAGCACCGCUUCCUGAGGCCGGUGCUCCCGGCCAACAUGACGAGCCCGCCCGUUCCGUCCGUCCUUCCAUUCCAUACGUUCACGUACCCACUUAGCCCGCGCGCUGCCCGCCUCGUUGCUCAUCGAAAUGCGCUUAGGAUUUCAUUCAUGGCGCAUUCGCAGACGUGGGUCCCAAAGCACGUCUACCGCCCGCCACCGCCGCCCGUGGGCGGUAAACUGAAUAUUGGUUACGUUUCAAACGACGUGAACGACCACCCGCUCUCGCAUUUGAUGCAAUCAGUCUUUGAGUUCCAUGACCGUAGUAGGUUCAAUGUCUUCCUGUAUACAACCAGUCCAUGGGAUGGCACAGACUACCGACCGCGCAUCGCAUCGCGUGUAGAGUACUUCCGCGAUGUGUCGACCUGGUCCGCUCGUGAUAUUGUAGACGAUAUCCUGCGUCAUAACAUACACAUUCUGAUCAACCUUGGUGGUUAUACCAAGGGUGCCCGGAACGAUAUAUUUGCGGCUCGUCCUUGCCCUGUGCAGAUGCAGUGCAUGGGAUACGCAGGCACCUUGUCGGCAGGAUGGUGCGACUAUCUUUUUUGUUGCAUGAUUUCGUGUCCUCCGGAGAUGAGUGCCGCGGAGUUUUGGCGGCACAAUCGCGGGAAAGACAAAGAGACGAUGCAUGUCACCUUUGAUUUCGACGCCGAUGCCGAUCCAGAGGCUCGGUCAAAUGGGUGGAUGUACACCGAGAAGUUCAUCAACAUUCCUCACUCUUUCAUGGUCACUGAUCACAAGCAGUCAUUCCGCGAGGACGAGGGCCUCUCGGUACAGGAGAGAGCAUGGGUCCCUACGGAAGAACUGUGGCGUAAUGAAGAGAAACGAAGAGCGAAUAUGAGGCGCCAGAUUUUCCCCGACCUACCCCAAGAUGUAGUGAUUUUUGCCAACUUUAGCCAGUUGUAUAAGAUCGACCCGGGCAUCCUUGCGGUCUGGCUUACAAUACUUGCGCAAGUGCCGCGUAGCGUCCUGUGGCUCCUACGCUUCCCCGCAGCGGGCGAAGAGCACCUCCUACGUACCGCCCGAGCCUGGGCUGGCGAAGAAGUCGCGUCACGGAUACGAUUCACGAACGUAGCAAAAAAGGAUGAACAUGUCUAUCGCGGUCGUGUUGCCGACCUAUUUCUCGAUACGGCAGAGUGCAAUGCGCAUACGGUAGCAGCCGACGUUCUGUGGACCGGUACGCCGAUCCUGACUAUACCUAAACAUCCGCACAAGAUGUGCUCCCGUGUGGCGGCGAGUAUGGCGAGUGCGACAGGGUUCGGGGAUCAGAUGACUGUAGAGACCCUGGAUGAAUACGGGCGCCGAGCAGUCGACCUCGCGCGGAGCGUGGAGUACGUCGACGAGCAGGAUCCCACUGGCGUGACAAUACCGAGGGGGCGCGGGGAGCUCAUCAAGCUUCGCCGCAACAUCUUCUUGAACCGGGAUAGAUCACCUUUGUUUGAUACCAUGCGGUGGACUCGCAACGUCGAGAAGGGCUACCGAGAGGCAUGGAGGAGGUGGGUAGAAGGUACGCAGUAUGAGAUGUCGGAUGAGUGGGAGGGGAGCGAAGGCGACGCAAAAGAGAGCAGUACUAUAUGGAUACCUGAUGAAGAGCCUCCGGACAUAAUCAUAUAUGAUUGA